CCGGUAUUGAAUAGGCGAUUUGGUUCCUUGGUUUUCCGCCGACGCCACUAGUCGCUCGUCGCCAGUCACCUGUCGCCGUGUUUGUCCCGCCAAUUCCUGCUUCCUGCCGCUUUUCAUUUUCUUUCUACAAAACUCGGAGAAAUUGGUACGGAACCAGAGCUACUUUUUGCGACCAUCAACUGAAAAAGGGUGAGAGCUGCUUCUGUUGAAAACUAGAACCGUGUUGCUUCGUUACUUCUCAGAGAGCACGCACCAUGGCUGAUGAGAGGCAGGUGACACUGGCCAGGAAGAAGCUGAAGGCCCUGAAAGAAGGCCUGGUGACAGACGUGGUCUUCCUCGUCGGUGCGAAUGAUGCCACCGCGCAGGAGAUUCGAGCCAUUCUGUCAGACCUCGUGGUGAGCAGCGAGUUCUUCGUGAACCUGCUGAACAGCCCUUUGACCGUGAAAUACGACGGGAAAAUCAGGAUCAAGAACGUUGAGCCAAAGAUCUUUGGUCUGGUCAUCGAGUUUACUCAUUUGAGUGGUCAGCUGGUGUCGGAAGUGGACAGUUUGGACACCUGUCUGAAGUUGGCAGCGGCAGCAGAUGAAUACAUGAUUGAUGAACUGGGAUGUGUGUGCUCAAAGCUGCUCGAGGACAGGUUCCUCACCGUGGACAACGUGUGGACAGUGCUGCUCGAGUAUAUCACGGUGCAAGCCGUGGUCUCGGCUUGUUUCAAGGUCAAAGCCGACCGACUGUUUUAAGCAUCCGAGUUUUCUCGAGGCCAGUGAAGAAGCAGUGAAGCGCUUCUGCGAGUGGGAUAAGAUGAACAUCAAAUCUGAGUCGGAACUACUGCUAGCUUGUCUUAGAUACACCAUGAUCAAAGAGAGGCAGAGGAAAUUUGUUAAACCCCUUUGAAAUAGCACCAUAAGCUCGAUUAUUUAAGACAUAAUCUUGCAACAUUUAACGCUAUGGAUUAAGUUAGUGUCAGGUGCCGUCAGACCGAAGGCUGUUUGAACUUGAUUCUGGUUUCCUGCUCGUCUUUCGGAUCUGAACUAAGCGCAUUUAUUUUUGAUAUAUUGUUUACAUAUACCUGUCGUGGUGCCAUUUGUUUAUUUAACCUCAUAUGUACUGAUACAAAUAUAACUUUUUCUUUUGUUAAUAAAUUUUAAAAAUGCAUUCGAAAACAGUGAGGGUUAUAAAUAAUUGAGAAAUUAGUAAUACAAAUUUUUCUU